AUGACUGCUUUAUUAUAGCACAACAGUGGCUUCUAUGGGCACUUCAGAGGCCAAGUCAAGACUGAAAGUGCUGGAGAGUAUCGCCGUGUGGCCAAGCCUCAGCCUCCAGCAGCGUUCCUGCAGCGAUGCCAGGAGCCAGCACAGCAACACUUCUUCUCCAAGCAUGACAACCGCACUUCCUUCGACAAAGGCCCCUAUUGUCUGCUGCAGGGAAUCGGAAGACAGAAAGAUCUGAAGCACCUGUGGCAGCGGCACACCUUCCUGCGCUGGGCACCCUGUGAGCUAGAGCUGAGCCAGCAGCAGCCCCUGAAAUCUUCCUACCAGUCUGAUUUCCAGUCAGGUUCUGGACUUGAUAGUGUCCCUCAGCGUCUUGUUCAUUUUGGGCAAAUCCAGCCUCCCCAGGCCAGCACUACCUACCAGCGAAACUUCUGCCAUCCAUCUCUACGUGGUCACUGUGGCACUGACAAGAUAGAGCCCCAAAUGCCUGUCGCCGACACACUGCCUGACCUCCCAGGAAUCCCAAGACCCAAGCUACUGCAGCACUAUCUUCACCCUGGAGUCUAUGAAUGUUUACACUGGUCCUGAACAUUAAACAGCUGACAGAGCCUGCCGGUACUUCCAGUGAAAAGAGGUCUCAGGGGCCAGUGAGCAGUGGUGUGCAGCCCAGAGCCUGACUCCCAAGGGACUUGUGUCUAUGGUGUCUUGUGUCUAUGAUCUGGGUUGGGGAAGUACUGACAUGUGAGCCUAGUCACCAGCUGAGAAAAGGUAAGGCCUGGAAGAGGCCCAGCAUCCAGGAAGGUUGCCAUGACCAACACAAGAAGGUCCAAACUCCUCUCCAGAACUUUGGCAAACAGCGGGAAACCCUAUACGCAGUGAAAGGAGAGCCAGCCAUUCUAGUGGGAAUCAAAGGCCAGGGCACAUUUCCUUAUAAUCCCAGCUACUCAGGAGGCCAAGAGGUCAAGAGAGGAG